AUGGAUCUUCAGCGGGAACUUGCUCGCUUGGCACUCCAGCGACUACAGAGUUCACAGAGUGUGCGAACCCGCAGCAGCAAGGAGUCAGAUAAUGACGGGGCGGAGGGGUCCACAACCCAAUCGCAGAACCCAUAUCGCACCUCUUCAUCGCAUGGAGGACGGGGGAGGCGAAAGUUGGCGCCAGCAGCAUCUGCCCCCGCCGACGACGACGACGGCCAAGACGCGUCGGACGCAGAGAGCGACUCCAGCAUGUGUCUGGAGCGGCCCCCGCCGGGCCGCGACGAGAGCCCCGACGGCUACGAGAUGCGGUCGCGGUACUGGGAGGCCAUGGACGUGCUCAACCGCUCCAUGGCGGCGAGCGACCCGGCCCUCAACUGCGUCUACGACGGAGUAGCGCCGCUGUGUGAUGCGGGCCGCGGCGUGAUGCUGCCGCCGCCGCUCCCAGCACCGCCAGCACCAGCACCACCAACCCAAACCCCCAAUGCUAGUAGCGGCGGCAGCGGCGGGCGUAGCUACUCUCCCGAGACGCGCAUAAUAUCCGCCGAGCUGAGCGGCAAGGCGAUAAAAGAAGACCUGGAGGCCGUGUGGAAGGUCAUAGCCGAGGUCAUGGAGCGGCGGCCGCGGGUGAUCGAGGAGGGGACCACGGCCGCCGCCGCCGACCAGCUGCUGCGCGUCGAGGGCCACAGCGACAGGGGGAGGAACCCGGCGGCGCGGGCCCGCAUGGUCGAGGACGCCGCCCUGCUAGUCGUGCGGGCGGCCGACGAGUGGGGCCACAUCGUGAAGGAGCGCGGGCCGGUGAGCUCGAAUGCGGACGACAAGGACGUUCCGAAACUGGUCGAGCGGUCAAAGAGGAUCAAGGAGGCGGCUGCCAAGGUGGCUAGGGCCGCGGGCGGGCUGGCAGAAAGGAUGGAGGCAGGGUGUGUUGGACCAAAGAGUUGCGGUUAGAGGCGAAAGGAGGACACUGAGCAGAUUCAAAGAGCGGAUUUCUGGAAGAAUUGAACUAAAGGGUUGUAUAAUAAACUUGAUCAUCUCGGAGUGAUAUAUACAUGGCUGGAUGGGAACGAGAGGGAAGGAAACAC